AUAACCCCAGAACCCUUGGCAGUUGGCACCAAUAUUGUACAGCGAGAGAACUCCUUGCGCUCUCUCUCUCCACUCCAAACAAAAAUGGCAAUAGAGAAAAUCAAAGUGGAGGAAGAAGCAUGUAUGAUUCGCUUCUACAAGAUUGUUCUUAGCUGGAAUUACUUUCUCCUUCUCCAACAUUUUCAGAAAUCAGGAAAAAAUAUUAAAAAGGGUCUAAAGGCGGUGAAGGAUACAUUUAAAGAUGUUGAUGACUACCUUUCAACUUUUGAGCCUCUUCUUUUUGAAGAAGUUAAAGCUCAAAUUGUUGCCAGAGAUGAAGAAGGGACUUCGGCACUCAAGCAGACGAUGAGUCUUGUCAAGGAAUGCAGUGAUUCGGAAGGGUUUUAUUUCCCUGCUGUAAUUUUCAAUUCUGAGGAUGUGGAAGUUUAUCAAAAUGAUCUUUUGCUGCUUUCGAAAGAGAAGAUUGAAAAGACAAAACUUCCAGAAACAUAUGCAUUUGCAUUGGUGGAGCAUCGUCAGAAUGAUUCUCUCAGACUCAGGAUGUUUUUACAAGGAGAAAUUAAGGGAACUGAUACACAUCAUACAAAGUCUAGCGCGAGACUUGUAAAUAUGCGUUCAUGUGUUUGUACUGACAAGGCGUUACUAUACAUUUCGAAGGUAUGCAGUUUAUCUACUAUUUUUCGUGAGUUUGUCGCCAUGCGGUCAAUCAGCUCUCUUCCCUUCAGGGAUGUAAUUUUGAGUGCUGCUGACAGUGGCGUGGAUUCAACUAGUCUCGCUUGGGAAAUCCCUAAGAAAUUGAUGGAAUCUAUUGAAAGUAGUCACAACGAGUCUCAACUGAAAGCUAUACGUGCAGGGCUAUCACGGAAACCUUUUGUCUUGAUACAGGGACCUCCGGGGACUGGAAAGACGCAAACUAUCCUUGGGCUUCUUAAUGCUAUUCUGCAUUCUGUUCCAGCAAGAAUGCAUGCUAAGGAUAAACUGCGUGACAUGAAGCGAGGCCCAGAAUUGCCUAUGGAGGAGAAGAGCAAUCAAUGGAGACUAGCUUCUCCUUGGAUAUCCAAAGUCAAUCCGAGAGAUGAGAUUAUGCCGGUUGAUGGCGACGAUGGUUUUUUUCCUACUACUGGAAGCGAUUUGAAACCAGAAGUUGUAAAUUCUAGCCGCAAAUAUCGUGUUCGCGUGCUGGUUUGCGCACCAUCAAAUUCUGCUCUUGAUGAGAUUGUAUUGCGAGUCCUAAAUACAGGCGUUCGUGAUGAAAAUGACCGUGCUUAUAAUCCUAAAAUUGUACGCAUUGGUCUGAAGGCUCAUCAUUCAGUACAGGCAGUUUCGAUGGAUUAUUUGGUAGAGCAAAAGCGAGCUGGCUUGGAGGGCCAUCUGGAUAGGCAGAAGCAAGGAGCUGCAGGAAAUGAUAUAGAUAGCGUCCGUGCAUCAAUUUUGGAUGAAGCUGUGAUUGUUUUCUCUACUCUCAGCUUCAGUGGUUCAACAAUUUUCUCUAAAUUGAAUCGUGGUUUUGACAUUGUUAUUAUAGAUGAAGCUGCUCAAGCAGUGGAACCAGCUACUCUUGUGCCUCUGUCAACUGGAUGUAAGCAAGUGUUUCUGGUCGGUGAUCCUGUUCAAUUGCCAGCUACUGUGAUUUCUCCUAUGGCUGAAAAUCUGGGAUAUGGCAUGAGCUUGUUCAAAAGAUUCCAGAAAGCUGGAUAUCCAGUAAUGAUGCUCAAGACGCAAUAUCGCAUGCAUCCAGAGAUACGGAACUUUCCUUCUCGGGAAUUUUAUGAUGAUUCACUGGAAGACGGUGCUGAUGUUGAAGAGCAGACAAGGCGUGAUUGGCAUGAUUAUCGCUGUUUCCGUCCUUUUUGCUUCUUUGAUAUAAAGGAUGGGACGGAGUCGCAGCCCGUAGGAAGUGGGUCUUGGGUAAAUGAGGACGAGGUUGAGUUUGGACUCCUCAUUUAUCAGAAAUUGGUGGCUAAAUAUCCUGAGCUCAAGUCAAGCUCCAGGCUUGCUAUUAUUUCUCCUUAUAGGGGUCAGGUUAAGCUCUUUCGUGAACGUUUCAAAGAAAUGUUCGGGAUUCCUUCAGAAAAAGUAGUAGACAUAAAUACUGUCGAUGGUUUUCAGGGACGGGAAAAGGAUGUUGCAAUAUUCUCAUGUGUUAGGGCAAGCAAAGAUAAGGGGAUUGGAUUUGUUGCUGAUUUUAGGCGUAUGAAUGUCGGCAUCACCAGAGCUCGUUCAUCCGUCCUGGUUGUGGGCUCUGCGUCAACACUGAAGAGGGACAAGCACUGGGGCAACCUUAUAGAAGCUGCUGAGAAAAUUGAUUCUCUUUUUGAGGUAACCAAGCCUUAUCCAUCUUUCUUUAGUGACGAACACUUGAAAUCCAUGAAAGUGGCGGUUGAGCCUGAUGGUUUUGAUGAAGAAAUGUACGGAGCUGUAUAUGGUGAUGGUGACAACCCUGCCCAAGGAAUGGACGAAACUGAUUAUGGAGAUGGAGGUUUUGGUGACGGGGGUGGUGAUGAUUAGGAUUAGUAGGCAGAACCCAGAUUGAACUACAGUGAGCAGCAUAGUAGAUGAUCUUCAUUUCUCAGGCAAACUGAAAAACCUGUCAAGGUUGCACUUUGCAGGUUGAACAUGACUGUAGAAAUCAAAUGAAGGGAACUAUGGCUUAUUGUAGACUGAUAUUGUCAUCAUCUCCCAAAUUUGGUUCCGAUUUUGAAAGUUCGUGCAAUAGGGAAGAUAAGGGUUGGACUCAAUGAUCGGUCUUCUGAACUACGAGUCUUCGACAGCAAAUUCUAUACAAUUUUGAAGAUUGGUUCGUCAUUUAUUUAUAUUUAUUAUCGACUUCAUAAAUUACGGUGUAUGGUUGAAGCUGUAAAUUUAUAGAAAUACUACGUACAGGUAGAAAUAGAGGGAUCAGAGAACCUUGUAAUGGAUAUAUGUAGUCAACCCUUUUGUUUUUUGUUUUUUAAACUAGGAAAUCCUUGCUAAUAAUUCUUGCUAAUAAUAGAA